AUGGCGACCGAAACGGACGAGCGCGCGUCGAUCGAGCGCGCGCUGACGUCGCUCGCGCUGACGGACGACGCGGCGCUGGAGCGCGUGCUCGAAAAGCUGCUGCCGAGCGCGAUCGACGCGCUCGCGACGACGCAUCCGAACAAUGUCGCGAAAAUCAUGGAUCUGCUGAGACACAUCAAUAAGCGCGUGAACGCGACGACGACGAUCGGGUUGCCGCUGGAGAGGAUGGUGGACGCGUAUUUGACGACGACGAACGCGAUGGUGCGGAAUUUUGCGCUGGUGUACGCGGAGAAGGCGUUUGAGAGGGCGGACGCGGAGACGCGGGAGAUUCAAAUCGCGCGAGCGUGUCGAGGGGCGUCGAGACGGUCGAGUGAACAGGCGGAUAUGGUGUUUCGAAUGGCGAUGCAGGCGCUGGGGGAGCUUUCGACGAGAGAUCCGAGGCGCGAUGUGGAAUUUUUGAGCGAUGAUGACGAUCGGAAGUUGUUUUUGAGACGCGCGAGAGAUUUUUUCGCGUACUCGCCGAACGCCGCGCCGACGUUGAGCGCGCCGCCGAGCCUGUCGCCGAGCGCGGUGGAACGGAUUUUAGGGAAAGGGAAAGCGCCACCUACGCCGGUGGCGUUAGGUAAGCGAAAGUUAAAGCUACUUGAAUACAUAGCGAGCGCGGAGGUGCUCGAUCCCGUGCCAGAUAUCGAUAUGGACGACGCGGGCGUCGACGAUGGCGUCGAGAAGGAGCGCGAGACAAAGAGUAGAUUCUUAGUGAGUGGGGCGGAAAUGCUCACGCAUUGUCUCAUCGCGUCGUGUGAUGGUGAUCAUGAAGUAUCCAAACGUGGCGAAGAAUUACUCAAGCGACGAUGUACGUGGGAGACGAACAAGCCGAUUGUCAACUUGGACGACGGGGCAACGACGAGCGAAUUAUUCCAACUCUUCCUCGGUUCAUCGCUGGACGUGCCGGUGGAGUCUCGCAUCUUGCCCGCCUCGCCGGCGGUGAAAUUAAAAAUCAUGAAUUUGCUCACGCGAUCCAUGGCGGCGGCUGACGCGUUCCCGAAAAAUCUCGAGACGGUGAAAAUGUGCCUGUACGGCGACGGUACGACGACACGAUUGAAGGCGUGCGGCAUGCAGUUUACCGUAUGGAUGCUGACUCACGCGACGAGUAAGGAAUUACUCGCGUUUGCCCCUUCGUUAAUGAAUGGUAUGCUCGAAAUUUUAGAUUCGCGCACCGACGGCUCGAACGAGGGAGAUCAGACUGUGACUUUUGCGCAAGAAACUUUGCGCGGAUUUUGCUAUCAAGCACUUUCGCAGCUCGCCGAGCGCGACAAAGUGAGCGUGAAUCGAGACGUGUUGCUUGCCGAGCGAGUUUUCGACGCGUUAGAAAGCGAACCAGAUGGCGUGAAAUCCUACGUGCAAGAGGCGGCGCGAACGCUAGUUUCGGCGUAUCGCGAUUCGCCGUCGACGUACGUACAAACGCGAAUGGAAGAAUUGAUUUUGAGUGCCAUCGAGGACAAUGAUAACAAGGUCAAGCGUCUCGUCGGUGCGCAAUGGGCGACUGAAAUGUUUCCGUUCUCACACGUCCCGUCGCGGUAUGCCAGCAUUUUAGCCUCGGGGGACGCCAAGCACGAGAUGCAAACGCUGGGCCGACGAGGUUUGCAACCGAGCGCGACUCGCAAGACAAAGGACGACGCGCACCCACCAGCGUCUUCGUUACUUCGGUAUCUCGUCAUCAAACUUCCUGGCUUGAACGUCGACCCCGCACUACACGCGGCUUUGCUUUUGCCUGAGAACGCCAUGAUAAGUGCACUGGAUUUCGUGAACGCGUGUUUAAAGAGCGAUUAUUCCAAGUCGAGAAAGUUGGAGGCGAACGACGUGAAGCUCUACCUCAACUUUUUGAACCGGUGCCUCGUCAAAUCGUCGGGACCAGCCCUCGCGAGCGAAGCCUUACGUAGUUUCAUAGACUUGCUCGAGCGUGAACCAGCGUUACUCAGCGAAAAGGCUACCGCGGAUGCGAUUCUAGUGCGUCUGAGACACUUCGUGUCUCACACAGAUGCAGAGACUCGUCGGCGCGCCGCCAAACUUUGCGGCGUUCUUGUUGGUAAUCUUGAGGCCGAUGCGAGGGUACCUUUUAUGGAUGAAUUUCUGUCGCUGUGUAAAGGAGACGAACGUGGCGCUCGUCUGGAGCACCAAGAGGGCGCAUUAAGCGCGACUGGCUACAUCGUAGGUUCAGGAAAGAUUCCGGAUGUCGACGCGCUGCGCGCAAUUCAAACCUUUGUCGACUUGGCAAAGAAAGUAGGCAAAGGACAAAGUGCCGAAGCUAACUUGGCGAGUGUCGCGGCGGAAGCGAUCGGUCACGCAGGACUACGUAAGCCCUUGCACGCUGAUAUCAUCGAGGACGCGCUCGACGCAGUGUGUGGCGUUCUGCAAAACACAGAUCCACACGUCGCCAAGCUAGGCGCUCGAGCCGCUGGACACAUCAUGCUCACGGAUGCAAGUGAAAGUACCGCAUCUGCGCUUUUACCGCGGCUUCUUGCGAUGUGCGAGGUGAAACACGAUGACACACAGUUCGCCAUAGGUGAGGCGGUUGCGUGUGCGUGGGGGGGCGUCGAUGUCGACGCCGAUCGCGUGCUCACGACGUCUUUUGUUUCGCUUAACGCCGCUAUGAAGUCGCUCGCCUCUGAAGGCAAUGACGGUGCCUCUAUCGUCGGUAUGGAUGUUGAUGAAAUUAAAGCGCGAGUUGCGGCGUACGAUCAAGCGAGCGAUCCGCGUGCGCACGUCCAUCGCGCCGUGCUCGACGCAAUUUUCAACCAGUACAUUUACAGCGCUCGUGUCGAAAAGAGAUGCGCUGCGUGCGUCUGGUUGCUUUCUCUCGUCACGCACACGAACAACCAUCCACGGUUGUUAUCGAUGCUUCAAGACGUUCAGGAAGCGUUUGGAUCCUUGUUGGGUGAUCAGAACGAUCUCACACAAGAACUCGCGAGUCGAGGGAUGAGCAUCUUGUACGACAUGGGCGAUGAGGUUCAACAGAAGGAACUUCUCGCUGCGCUGAUGGGCACGCUCAACGGCGUCGCGCCAAAGAAGCGUCACAUCAAGCUCGACGACAAGGCUGAAGUUUUCGAAGAAGGUACCAUCGCACUCGAUGAUAAAGCGUUGAGAAGUGGUGAUAGCGAUAAGAGUUCUCUCACGACGUACCAGGAGCUUUGCAGCGUCGUAACGGAUAUAGGGCAGCCCGACUUGAUUUACAAAUUCAUGGAUCUCGCAAACCAUCAGCGCGCGAUGAAUUCAUCUCGAGGUGCCGCGUUCGGAUUUGCCUCCAUCGCGAAGCGCGCGGGUGAUGCUGUGACGCCACACUUGGAGAAGCUCGUGCCAAAACUUUAUCGGAUGAUGCACGAUCCGAAUCCACAGAUGCAAGAGGCAGUCAGAGGCAUCUGGGUGUCUUUGGUGGAUUCGCCAAAGGCAACCGUGGACAAGCACUUUGAAGCCAUCAUGGAUGAGUUAUUGCGUGAGUCUGGCAGUCGACUUUGGCGGACGCGUCAAUCGAGUGCAAGUGCGUUGAGUGAAAUAUUGUCCGGGCGAACUUUCAAAGAGAUCGAACCUUACUUGGAGAAAAUUUGGGACGUGUGCCUACGCGUCAUCGACGACAUCAAAGAAACAGUGCGCAUAUCGGGCGAAGGUUUGUGCCGAUCGGUGCGUUCAUUGACACUGCGCCUAUGCGACGCCCACCACAGCGGACCAAGUGAAGUCAAGGGAACAAUUGGUAUCGUUUUGCCAAUCAUGCUUGAGCGCGGACUACUUUCCACGGUGAAGGAGGUGCAAGCGCUUAGCAUGGAUGUCAUCAUGAAAUUGGUCAAGUUUGCCGACGGCGACGCCAUCAGACCACACAUCGCUGAAAUCGUGAAAACGCUGUUAGAAUCGCUUUCGGGCAUGGAAGACUCGAGAUUGAAUUACAUCGAACAGCACGCCGCGUCGUUUGGACAGGGAGCAAGUGAUAAGUUGGAGGCGAUGCGUUUGCGCGCGGCGAAAUCAAGUCCGAUGGGCGAGACGCUCGACCUUCUCAUGGCGCACAUUGACGAAGACGUGAUGAAAGAGCUCGUUUCCACUAUGAACUCUGUGUUGCGAACGGGCGUGGGCCUCAAUACUCGAGCGGGCGCGGGUCGUUUUCUUCAGCGUUUGUGUAUGCGACGCGGUCGACUCGUGCGACCGCACGCCGCGACUCUGUUCAAGAUGCUUUUGGCGUCGGCAGUGAAUGACGCAUCGGCAGCGGUGCGAACGAGUUUCAUCUCCGCCAUCGCCGCCAUCGCGCGGUACGCCGAAGAGCCCGGAGUCAAUGCUUUAGCGCAAGAGAUCGCACGCUUAUUCAAGAGCGACACCGAAACUGAACGUGCUGUUGCGGCGCAGCUUGCACUCGAGCUGUCGCGCAACGCGCCCGAUGCGUUGAGUCCGCAAAAAACUCUUGUUCUUCCCCUCGCUUUCGUCGGCUCCUAUGAUUCCAUCGACGCCGGUAAGAAAAAGUGGAGUGAAGUGUGGGAAGAAAAUUCGGGCGGCGUCUCGGCAAGCCUUCGCGUUUACUUUGACGAAAUUCUCGCGAUAACAUUUGAGUACUUGGCGGCGAAGCAGUGGCAACGCAAGAAGCAAGGCGCGGAAGUUUUCGCCGCAAUAUCGCGCGCGUCCGCAGAUGUCAUCGCGACCAGAGCUGAUGAUGUGAUUACACGACUUUUGGCCGAGCUUCCUGGACGUAUAUGGGAAGGGAAGACAUCCGUUCUUGAUGCGGUGGCGGCAUUGACGAGCGCUUGCCCACGACAAAUUGACGCGACGGCUGUGGUGGAUGCUUUGCUCACCGAGAGUCAAAGAGCUAAGACUGAUUACCGCAAGUCCGCUCUAGAUGCUGUUGAUGCAGUACUCGUCGCGAUUGCGUCAACGGAGAGCGAUAUUGACACGGAAAUUAUCGCGAAAGUUGUUCCGGUGGUGGAGUGCGCGUUAAAAGCAGCGCCUGCGCCCGUCGAUGACAUCGACUCUGGCGUCGGUGCCGCAGGAUCUUUGGAACGCCAAAACGAAGCUAAGUACGAGGCCGAGAAGCGUCAGAAAUCCCAGUCGAUGACAGCGACUGCCGCAACGACCGUUCUCGCGACUGUGCUGAAUCGCUUCAAAUCUCUCGAUGCAAUUCGUCCGCAUGCUUCGCUAUGCGCCGAGCUUUGCGUCGCAAGUCUCGAUGCGGAGUUAAGCAAAGAUCGUCGACGCCAAGGUCUGAAGGCAGUCGUCGGCUUGAUGCGUAUCGUUCGAGAUUCGAAAGAAUCCGUGGCCUCGUUCGCUGUCGAGCCUCUUCUUGAAGUCGUCGUCGCUGCCGCCGGCGACUCAUCCUCCACGGCGCUUCGGCUCGACGCUAUCGAAGCCUUACUCGCGCUCGCGAGCCAUACGCCGGUAAAGUCAGCGGUAGAAGAUGCGCUAAAGCAAUGCGUAACGAAUGACAAAUCUCCAGACGUUGUUCGAUCCGCCAUGCGCGCGAGAGCCGAACUCACGGGAGGUACAGUCCCGAUGACAGCAUAGCGCAAAAAGGAGCUUGCUCCG